AUGACAGACUCGCCGUUGCCGAGGAUCCCGCUGGACCCGAAGGAGCAGCCCAUCCUCGACAAGCUGCAGUCGAUAAGGACCCAGCUGGAACUGCUGAAACGCGACCGGUCGACGUAUGUCCGCAGCCAGGAUGUUCUGCAAUUGUAUGAUCAAGUCAUCGAGCAAGUGAUGAUCCUCAACGAGAUCCGAGUAACGAAGCGCCUCGAACAGAACAAAGUUGAUUACAUGCUGGACGACUGCUUCCAGCUCAUCUCACUUGCAUACAUGACAGUGGGAAAGAACCAUGAACCGCCGGCUGUCUACUCCUACAUCUCCACUGCGAAGCGACUCCUGGACCAUCUUAAAGAAGCCAUGUUCUAUUCCCCGAAGGAUCUCGAUGGGUUGAGCAGCCAGAUGAAAGAAUGCCGGCUCUAUGUUGAGAGAGGCAGCGAUGCGUACAGUCCGCAUCUCCUGACACUCCUAGACGCCCGCAUCAAGGUAUGCGAAGAGACACUGGCUACGCUUCGACUCAAUCUCACCCACCUUACGCCGGAACUGACGCCAAAAUGGGAAAAACUCGUCUCUCUCCUUCGAUCGUUGGCUGGCUGCAAUGCACGAUCAAAAUUCCCUAACGAGGAGGUCGACGCAUAUGCAAAAGAGCUCUACGAGCUGGAAGAAGAGCUGAAGAAGGACGGUAUUGUCGCAUACGAGACCACUGGUUCCACAGAGGACAAGCUCAUCGAGAUGACCGAGAAGAUGCAGUUGACUGCGGCAAACCCAGAACCCGCACCCGAAGCUGAGACUCUGAUCUCACAGCUGCUGCGACGGAAUCUACUAUGGGUCGCUCUAAUCAAGGAGAAGCAAGGGCGAAUCAACCCGGCUUUCCAAGAUAUCUACGACAGGCUCCUGUCCAUUCGAAACAAACUCGAGAAGCUCUCGCUUACACAAGCGUGGUCUCUGCGUGAGACAGACCUCUGGGACUUCCAGCGCCAGCUGGAUCGCAUCGACGAGUCACGGGCUGAUGACGGCAACUUUUACGAUGUCCUCGGCAGACCCGCUGAAAUCUAUGAGCAGAGGACACUUCUCUACCUCUUGCGCAAGAGCUAUGCCAUCAUCUACCAACUACUUCUCACCUCCGAGCCUGUUUCUGAGGCACUGCUACCUAUCUACAACCAGCUGACGACCCUGAGGAAAUGCUUGCUCGAGGUCAAGAAGCUUGGUGGUGUUUCCUCUCCGCGUGAACUGUACCCUUACAGUAUGAAGCUGAACUCGAUCGACAACAUGCGCGUCGAUGGAAAGUUCAUGGUUGGCGAUGAAAUUCCAGACGGCCAAGGAAGCGUGACGCAGCUUCUUGAAGAAUGCUUCGAUCUCGCCUACGAACUCCGAAACGACGCAGAGGAGAGCAGCUCGGCCGAUGACACGCCGGCAGAGGCUACACCGCAGAGCGAAGCACCUAGCGAGCCUGUAGUCGCAAAGUCAUGA